CGGUGAUUGGUUGACACAUUUAGUCCCAGGAAAACAUUACUUUCUGUUUGACGCACUCGGUGGCGGACCAAGGAACAAGAUUCUUCUGUCAAAACGCUCCUCUUUUACUCAUAAACGGAGAUGGCGCUGUGGUGCCAGCUUCAGAUGCUGGACUCCAAGUACCUGGAGCAAGUAGACCAGCUGUACAACGACUCCUUCCCAAUGGACAUCAGGCAGUACCUGAGCAAGUGGAUUGAGAGCAUCGAUUGGGAUUGUGUGUCUAUUCAAGAUUCGUUAGCGACUGUUCGCUUCCAUGAACUCCUGGCUCAGAUAGAUGACCAACACAGUCGCUUUGCACUGGCCAAUAACUUCCUGCAGCAACAUAACUUCCGCAAGAUCAAGAGGAACCUUCAGGAUCGAUUCCAGGAAGACCCAAUCCACAUGGCCAUGAUCAUCUCCAAAAUCCUAAAGGACGAGGCCUCGAUCCUAGAGAGUGCAAACAGUGCGAAGGAAAGUGAGGACAAUGUGUCAGCCAUGGUGGUGGAGAAACAGAAGCUGGACAGCAAAGUGCAGGAGAUAAGGGAACAAGCUCAGAUGGCAGAUCAAAACAUCAAACAUUUGGAAGAUCUACAAGAUGAAUAUGACUUCAAGUUAAACACUUGGAAGACCAUAGAGAACGAACUUAAUGACAUGACGCCAAAGGAACUGGAGAGGGAGAAGAUGAUCAUUGGUAGGAUGUGCUUGGAGCUGAAGACCAAACGACAGGACGUUGUUCACCAACUGACGGAGCUACUGGACGUCAGUCAGGCUUUACUGUCGGACCUGAUCUCAGAGGAGCUGCCCGAGUGGAAGCAGCGGCAGCAGAUUGCCUGCAUUGGUGGACCACCUAAUGCUUGCCUGGACCAGCUGCAGAAUUGGUUCACCACACUAGCAGAGACCCUUCAACAGGUUCGCCAGCAUCUGAAGAAGCUGCAAGAAUUGGAGCAGAAGUUCACUUAUGACAGCGACCCCAUCCCCAAGAAGAAAGAUAUCCUUGAGGACCGAGCUAUGGAUCUCCUUAAUAACCUCCUUAGCAACGCUUUGGUUGUGGAGAGGCAGCCCUGCAUGCCCGCCUACCCACACAGACCACUGGUGCUGAAAACCGCCGUCCAGUUCACUGUAAAACUGCGGUUCCUGGUGAAGUUGCCCGAGUUUAACUACCAGCUCAAAGUCAAAGCUGUAUUUGACAAGGAUGUGGCGGAAAAGAAAGGGUUCCGCAAAUUCAACAUCCUGGGAACAAACACCAAAGUCAUGAACAUGGAGGAGUCCAAUGGCAGCCUGGCCGCAGAGUUCAGACAUCUGCAAUUAAAAGAUCAGAAAUUAUCAGUCAAAACUAACGAGGUAAUGAUGGUUACUAAGGAGCUCCACGUGCUGAGCUUUGAGUCGAUGCUGCAGCAUGACCAGUCGGGGAUCAGAAUCCAACUGGAGGCGGUGUCUCUACCCGUGGUGGUGAUCUCCAAUGUGAUCCAGCUGCCCAGCGGCUGGGCCUCCAUUCUGUGGUACAACAUGCUGACCACGGAGCCGAAGGACCUGGAGUUCUUCAUGACUCCUCCGUCAGCAAAGUGGUCCAGGCUCUCUGAGGUUCUAAGCUGGCAGUUUUCCUCCGUUACCAAGCGAGGCUUGAACCAGGAGCAGCUUAACAUGCUGGCCGACAAACUGCUGGGGUCCAAAGCUCAGAGGAACCCAGAUGGGAUGAUUCCCUGGACCAAGUUUUGCAAGCAAAGCUCCAAUGAGAAAGCUCUUUCCUUCUGGUUGUGGAUUGAAGGAAUCCUGGAUUUGAUUAAGAGACACCUGCUUUUACCCUGGAAUGACGGCUAUAUCAUGGGUUUCAUAAGUAAGGAGCGCGAGCGGGCUCUGCUGAGCGACAAGUGUCCAGGGACCUUCCUGCUCAGGUUCAGUGAGAGCAGCAAAGAAGGAGCCAUUACCUUCACGUGGAUCGAACAUGACAUACACGACAACCCAAUCUUCCACUCAGUGGAGCCGUACACAAAGAAGGAUUUGACUGCGGUCCGGCUGGCCGACAUCAUCCGCACCUACAAGGUGAUGGCGGCGGACGACAUCCCCGAUCAUCCGCUCCGCUUCCUCUACCCUAACUUCCCAAAAGACGACGUGUUUGGGAAAUACUACACCAAAAACGCAGAAGCUCCGGAGCCCAUGGACGUGGAGAACACACACAGCGGCUACAUGAAGACGGAGCUCAUUUCGGUCUCGCAAGUACCUCCGUCCCACAUGCAGGGGAAAAUCAUGCCCAUGUCACAUGAGGUGUAUCAGUUUUUGGAGCAGACAGUCAGUCCCAAAGACAUCAAGGACGCAAUGAAUGGCGACUUUGACAAUCAGAGCUGAGGAGCGUUAUCAGUGGCUCUUUGUGUGAAGUUACGAGAAAGAUGAGGAUACGGUGGCAGCUCGGCCUGCAUUGUCAUACAACAGCCAUGUGGACAUACCUGGAAGAAAUGUGACUAUUCAAUGAGAAAAGUGCAGAUAAGAACAUGUAAUGUUCAUGCACGUACAAAUUGUUGUAUUGUAAACGCAGAAUUAUUUGAUGAAAAUCAACACAAUUUGGGUUUAUUCUGUCUUGACAGUGAAGGAUUUGAAUAGUCUUACUGCUAAUUACAUACAAUACAGGCCAAAAGUUUGGACACACCAAUGGGUUUUCUAUAUUUUCAUGACUAUUUACUAUCAAAACUAUGAAUGAACACAUGUGGAGUUAUGUACUUAACAAAAAAAAGGGGGGAAUAACUGAAAACAUGUUUUAUAUUCUAGUUUCAAUCCACUUUAUUUGUAUAGCACAUUUAAACAAUAAAAAGUGCUGCACAACAAUAUUAAAAACAAUAUUCAAAUAUUAUUCUUAGCUCCACCAAUGACUGAAUAAAAACCACAAAAAAAUAAAUAAAUAUAAAAACAAUAUAAAAAUAAAUAUGAUUAACAGCAAUUUUAAAGGGUAAAACCAAUUUAAAACAAUAACAUUUUUAAAUUGUUUUAUUAUUUCUUCGGUCACAAAAAAACAAAAAAAUAAAUAUAAAAACAAUAUAAAAAUAAAUAUGAUUAACAACGAUUUCAAAGGGUAAAACCAAAUAAAACAAUACAUUUUUGAAUUUUUUUUAUUAUUUGUUCGGUCACAAAAAAACAAAAAUACAAAAAAUUUUAUAUAAAACCAAUUUAAAAACAAUAUAAAAAUAAAUAUGAUUAACAACGAUUUUAAAGGGUAAAACCAAUUAAAACAAUACAUUUUUUAAAAUGUUUUAUUAUUCCUUCGGUCACAAAAAAAUAAAUACAAAAACAAUAUAAAAAUAAAAUAUGAUCAACAACGAUUUUAAAGGGUACAACCAAUUAAAACAAUACAUUUUUUGUAAUUUUUUAAUUAUUUCUUCUGUCACAAAAAACAAAAAAAUUAAUAUAAAACCAAUAUAAAAAUAUGAUUAACAACGAUUUUAAAGGGUAAAACCAAUUAAAACAAUACAUUUUUUAAAUUUUUUUAUUAUUUCUUCGGUCACAAAAAACCAAAAACAAAAAUACAAAAAAUUUUAUAUAAAACCAAUACAAAAACAAUAUAAAAAUCAAUAUGAUUAACAACGAUUUUAAAGGGUAAAACCAAUUAAAACAAUGCAUUUUUUAAAUGUUUUUAUUAUUUCUUCGGUCACAAAAAAAUACAAAAAAAUAAAUAUAAAAAUAAAUAUGAUAAAAAACGAUUUUAAAAGGUAAAACCAACUAAAACAAUAUAUUUUUAAAUUUUUUAAAAUUAUUUCUUCGGUCAGUGGUCAACAAAAUAAACAAACAGUUUCACACAAACAAACAGUUGUACAUUCAUAAAUUUUAAAUAAUCAGUUUCUUCAAAGUAGCCACCCUUUGCUCCGAUUACUGCACUUUGCACACUCUUGGCAUUCUCUCCAUGAGCUUCAAGCACACCCGCGAAGUGAAAACCAUUUCAGGUGACGACCUCUUGAAUCUCAUGGAGAGAAUGCCAGGAGUGUCCAAAGCAGUAAUCAAAGCCAAGAGUGGCUAUUUUGAAGAAACUGAUUGAUUUCUAUGUAUUGUUUUAAUUGGUUUUACCCUUUAAAAUCGUUUUUAAUCAUAUUUAUUUUUUAUAUUGGUUUUAUAUUUAUAUUUUUGUUUUUGCUUUUAUUCAGUCAUUGGUGGAGCUAAGGAUCAUAUUUGAAUAUUGUUUUUAAUAUUGUUGUGCAGCACUUUGGAAACAUAUUUGUUGUUUAAAUGUGCUAUACAAAGUGGAUUGAAGAAACUAGAAUACAAAACAUGUUUUCGGUUAUUUCACCUUUUUUGUUGUUAAGUACACAACUCUGCAUGUGUUCAUUCAUAGUUUUAUGUGACCAUCUACAAUGUAAAUAGUCAUGAAAAUAAAGAAAAACGCAUUGAAUGAGGAGAAGGUGUGGCCUGUACUGUAUAUUGCUAGCAUAAACAUACACUUAUUAAAAUGAGUAUAUUUAUCCAACCUUCAUAUUUCUGCUUGUGAUUAUGCAAGUAUAUCAUUAGGUAUGCUUAGUUGUAAAGUAACAUAUAUAAAGAGAGCCCUGACAUGAGUGUGUGAGGUGUUUUCGAGCAGCAAAAAUCGUCGAGAUAAGCCUGCGGAGGAGCAGUUACCAUGGAAACCGAAGUCAGAUUGGGACAGGGACAACCCAACCCCCCCCCCCCUUUGGAACAGUUUGUCAGACCUUGUGGAGAAGCAGAGGACAGACGUUUUGGGAGGAGCCAGAAGAAGCGGGAUGUCUCCCUUUCCCGACUUGUGGCCAUGAGGUACCGUAUUUUCCGCACUAUAAGGCGCACCUAAAAACCUCCAAUUUUCUCAAAAGCUGACAGUGCGCCUUAUAAUCCGGUGCGCCUUAUAUAUGGACCAAUAUUUAGCCACAACAGGUCUCUCUACUGUAGCAUCUAUUCUAUGCGCCUUAUAAUGCGGUGUGCCUUAUAUAUGAACGAAGUUUUAAAAUAGGCCAUUCAUUGAAGGUGCGCCUUAUAAUCCGGUGCGCCUUAUAGUGCGGAAAAUACAGUAUUUAUUGGCUUUAAGCAAUCCCACUGUAAAGUCAACCUAAGAUGGCGUAGCAGGACAAGUUCUCCUCCCUUCAGCAGCAGGUGUAAAAAGUAUCUAUUAUACUGUUUGAUAUUAGUAUUGUAUUCAGUUUAAAGGCUCAUAGACUUGCAUAAAUACACAAGAAUGCUAUAGAAUGGGAAAUGACCGGACACAUACUGACUACACCCAGACAGAAAGUAUCCCUUAUUGCGUUUGUCAUAGGCGGAUUAUUCCUUAGCCGCACAGUUUGGUUAGGCGAAUGGCGGCGUAAGUGCUCACGUCGAUGCAUGCAUCGGUGUGAGACGAGCGAGGAGACUUAGACUGUGGUCACUUCAAAAUAAACCCUGGCUGAAGUUUGUAUUGAACUCUUACCAAGUUGUGAGCAAAUAAAUGUACUGCAUUCAAAUAAAAACAUUUCAAAAUGUUCCUGAAUUACAUUCUGACAAUAAAAUGGCAUUUGUGUCCAAAUAUUGGGCUUUU